AUGACUUUGCCGCCCUCUUUCUAUCGAUCGCUCUCCGGGACGUCCGGGGAUGCCCCUGCGGACCCCGGGGAGGAUCUCGGCUGGAAGCCACCGGGCUUGGAAGCCCGCCUGCUGGAUGUAGCUGACCUCGGGAUUGCGCCCGCCACCUGGGUGUGCGCCCGGACUCAGCCACCACCUGUUCGUGUCCGGGACGACGCUGUAACCAACCGAGCCACCCUGAGCAGGGCCCGACGUCCUGAUUCCAGAGAAACCCUGGCCCACAGGCACCUCUCGGGAUGCCUGCCCGCUCUAGCUGGCUCCCAAGUGAAGAGGUUCUCGGCCUCCAAGCGGAAGCAGCACUUCAUCAACCAGGCCGUGCGGAACUCAGACCUUGUGCCCAAGGCCAAAGGGCGGAAGAGCCUCCAGCGCCUAGAGAACACCCAAUACCUCCUGACCCUGCUGAAGACAGACGGGGACACACUUGGUCCGGAGGAUGGGGACCUGGCACCCCCCGCAGCACCUGGCAUCUUUGCGGAGGCCUGCAGCAAUGAGACCUAUGUAGAGGUCUGGAAUGACUUCAUGAACCGCUCCGGGGAGGAGCAGGAGCGGGUCCUCCAAUACCUGGAGGAUGAGGCCAAGAGCAAGGCCCGGAGAAGGGGACCUAGCCGGGGGGUGGACCGGAGGAAAGAGGACCCAGCCUACACCCCACGAGAGUGCUUCCAGCGCAUCAGCCGGCGUCUGCGAGCCGUUCUCAAGAGGAGCCGCAUCCCCAUGGAAACGCUGGAGACCUGGGAGGAGCGGCUGCUGAGGUUUUUCUCAGUGUCUCCCCAGGCCGUGUACACGGCCAUGCUGGACAACAGCUUCGAGAGGCUCCUGCUCCAUGCUGUCUGCCAGUACAUGGACCUCAUCUCAGCCAGUGCCAACCUGGAGGGCAAAAGACAGAUGAAGGUCAGCAAUCGGCAUCUGGACUUCCUGCCUCCUGGGCUGCUCCUGUCCGCUUACCUGGAGCAACGCAGCUGAUGCCAGCCUGCCCGCCCCCCUCCCACCCCCCUUCCCUUCAAGAUUCCCUAUACCUCCACUAAAAUGUUUGUUAAUUUUAGAAUUUGUCAUGCUGUCCCCCUUGGGGUGGCACUCUCACCCUAGCCCCCUCCCAUCCCAUCCCAUCCCAGCUCUUCCAGGUAACUGCUGGCGGCUGGAGCUGCCUUAGACUAUACUGGGCCCGGAACUCCCUGCUCUGGUACUUGUAUUUGGGUGGAGAGACCUUCAUUCAGCUUCCACAGCCCAGGCUGAAGCUCACGCAAGGAGGGAGAGGCUAGGUUUUUAUCACUUUUAAUGAAUUCGGGAUGAUGUGUUGUAGAUUUUUAAAUUUUCCUUUUGGGAAGAAAAACCAAAUACGCCAACUGAUAAAUUGGGGGCUUUGUUCUAGUCCCUGCUUGACUUCCCUCCCAGUUUUUGGCUAGAAUUGGGGGGUCUCUGGGGUGCUGCCCCUCACUCCAGGAGCAUUACGUGUUGUGUGUGCGUGUGCGUGUUAUUAUGCAUGCUGGUGUCCUGCUACCCAGGACAGCAGCUGUGUCUUAAAGGCUGGUUUUACCUCUUUGGAAUGUGUGUUUCCUCCCCGGGUGCUUUUUGGUGGCUCUUGGGGCCCUGCCUGCUCUACAACCCCUCCCCCCAUCUUUUCUCCUCUCUUCAUACUGGGAGUCUGGGACUUCCAGCCAGAAGCCUCCACCCUCCCACUGCCAACUUCCCCUCUCCAUGUUCUCUCACCACCGCCCCCCCCACCCCCCAGCCUGACCCUGGUCUAUAGCUUUGGGGUGUCACCCUGACCUGGGCCACAGAAGCAGGGCUGGGGACACCCCUCCACACACUGCCAUAUGUGUGGCUAGUUGCGCUUUGGGAAAAGUGAAGAAUUCAAUAAAUUUCUGGUGCUCUGGUCUCCA